AUGUUGAUGACGAUGUUGGCUUUUAUCGUCAUCAACAACAAGAAUAACGGUGUUGUACACGCGCACCCGUAUUUAAUUGGCGAUACUCAAUGUACUACGCCGCAUCCGACGACGAGACGACACGCGCACGGCGCGCCGACCGAGGAUGCGUCGAUAACGUUCCUCGUGUCGUGGACGAACCCGGAAGGGUCGAACGCGGAAGCGCUCGGGGAAAACGAUCCAGAACGAGUGAUACCGGAGAGUUGGUCGGUUGGUGGGAACAAGUAUUGCAAAUCGUGCAGACUGACGUUGACUGUGAGACAUACGGAUCAGCAAACGUAUAAAGAGUUGGUGACGGUCUCGAGCGGGACUUUGUUGGAGCAAGGUAGAAAUAUGGACGGACAGUUGAACUACGGCGACGGCGCGAAGUGUAGCGGGAAACGGUACGACGCCGGUUUUCAAUCGAACGUACAUCAUUACAUAUGGACCGCUCCGAAUGGGGACGUCGGGCCGAUUACGGUGAAAGUGACCGGAGCGAGCGGGCAAACGAGUCAAUUUAAGACCAACGCGGUGACGUUGACGUACGACGAGGCGAUAAAAGAAGCCGUAGAAAAUAGCCAACAGCCGAGUGCACCGCCGGGCGCGGUGAAUCCUUUCGAAGGGUUAACCGACGAUGAAGCCGUUCACGGAUCGCAAGGGAAAAGUAAAUCGGUGAGAAUCAUCGUCGCGCACGGUGGGAUCAUGUUGUUUUCCUGGAUGGUUUUUCCGCCCAUCUUAUUAUACGCCGGUCGAUUCAAGGAGAACAUUUUCGGCAAACACUGGUAUCUCGUGCAUAAGUAUACGGUGACUUUAAUGAUGUUGUUCGUAGUCACCGGAUUGAUAUUAGCAAAUCGGUACCGAAUUGAUACGUUGGGGAGACUCAAAGGUAUCAUGCGAUCCAGACACGGGAUUGCCGGAUCCGUCACCGCGUUUUGCUGGUUCGUACAACCCGUUCUGGGGUACUUUCGACCGCCGAAAUUUUUAGAAGUUGGAGGCGGUGCGACGACGACACCGAACCUGAAGAGGACAGUCUGGAUGUGGAUGCAUAGAUCCGUUGCAUUGGCGUCGGUGUUGUUUUCCAUAUUCGCCGUUAGAACCGGGUUGAAAGACCACGACCCGGAGAUGACGUUUGGCGAAGAAGCGAUUGAAGAGAUUUGGAACUUGAAUUUCUUCAUCACGUACGUCGUGCUUGCGUAUAUUUGCAUCCCGAUUUUGCUCGAGAUUUUGAGUCGCAAGAGAGGGAAAUCGACGAGACAAUACUCACACAUGGAGCUUGAAAUGGGCGACUUGGAGGUGGAUACGUAG